UUGCCUGUUUUUAAAAAACAAUCCAGAAUCACAACUCUGUUCAUCAUUCCCAUGAUAUAUUAAUGAUGUAGUGACAUGAAAUGUUUAGGUUUUAUUUAUUACAAUCCAAUAAAUGUUGAUGUAGAUGUACAUGAUGCAAUAGCACAACGAGUAAACACCAUUCAUUUUAAUGCCACCCAUUCAUACGAGCACAGUUUACGGGACGCUAUGAGAGGCUAUGGCGUACCAGGAAGGCGAGUCGCUGGAAUCAUGGCUCAACAAAGCCACACACCCAACUAAUAGGCAGGAAGACUGGGAGUACAUAAUUGGUUUCUGCGACCAAAUCAACAAGGAACUGGAAGGACCACAAAUAGCAGUUAAACUACUCAUUCAUAAAAUCCACUCACCUCAGGAAUGGGAGGCACUUCAAGCUUUAACGGUAUUAGAGGCAUGCAUGAAGAACUGUGGGAAGAGGUUUCAUAAUGAAAUCGCAAAAUACAGAUUCCUAAAUGAACUAAUCAAAGCUGUUUCACCUAAGUACUUGGGAGAAUCUGUACCAGAGAAAGUGAAAACCAAAAUAAUAGAGAUCCUGUAUAGCUGGACUGUGGCUUUUCCCAAUGAAACCAAAAUCAGUGAUGCCUAUCAGACCCUGAGAAGACAAGGACUCAUUACCUCAGAUCCAGAGCUCCCUGUUGACCGGAUGUUGCUACCAUCUCCUCCGACACGGCCCAAAAACCCUGUGUUUGACAACGAGGACAUGGGAAAGCUGCUGGCAGAGCUGCUGAAAAGUAAGAACCCAGAGGACCUUCAGGAGGCCAACCGACUCAUCAAGAGCAUGGUGAAGGAGGAUGACGUCAGGGUGCAGAAAAUGACAAAGCGCAUGAAGACCCUGGAAGAGGUGAACAAUAAUGUCAAGCUACUGAGCGAGAUGCUAAGCCACUAUGACAAAGACAGGUCCUCCGAGUCAGAUCGAGACCUUAUCAGGGAGCUGUAUGACCGCUGUGACAAGCUGAGGCGCACCGCUUUUAAACUGGCCACUGAGACAGAGGACAACGACUCCAGUCUGGGUGAUAUUUUGCAGGCCAGUGAUGACCUUUCAAAGGUCAUUAGUCUGUACAGGAGGGUUGUGGAGGGGCAGACAGACAACGGAGACAGUGAUGAUCCAAGGCCAGCUGGCCCUGAGAGUAAUGCUGGGGCUGAAGUCACAGACACGCUGAUUGAUCUGGCAGGCUUUGAUGCCACAAAUCCUCCAUCUCCACAGUCAGUCCCGCCCCCAGCCAUCUCUAAUCUCUCCCCAGCCAAACAGACGGCCACCUCCAUUCCUGUCCUCCCGCCUCCGCCUCGCCGAUUGGCUGGGCCUGCGGGCAGCCAUGCCAGUCAGACUUCAAGCCCCAGUCGACACAUCACCAAGCAGUCUGCUUCUCUCUCCCUGCUUGAUGAAGAGCUGCUAUCUUUAGGUUUGAAUGACCCAGCCCCAGGUCUUAGUAACCAAACACAGAAGGCCGAUGACUUCGCCAAACACCAGUGGGCAUCAUUGCAGGUCACUGAUACAGGUUUGGAUCCAUUCAGCCUGCAGGCCACAGGGCCAGCCUUCUCCGCAGCACAGACCUCUGCGUCUGUGUUCCCCCCUACCAGCCAGACGUUCACAAAAAACACCCCCUCUGGUCAUGGUCUGCAAGAUCUUUCCAUGUUGAACUUGGGGGAGCCUAAAAGCUUGCCUGCACAGCCCAUCACUGGCAACCCCUUUGUGACGGCCUCCGCUGUUCCUGUGCCACUGGGCCAUGCCACUCCAAACCCUCUCCUUCAGAUGGGGGCGCUCCCGGGCUCGCCCAUGCUGAGUCACACCCGUGCCCACGCCAUCAGCUCUGCGCCAGGAAGCCCUCUCUUCCGCUCACUGUCACCCACCCCUUCCUCCCUGCAGGGCAGCCCUGCCAAAGGCCCCGAGAUCUCCAUGACAAACCUCCAUGUACCGCUUGACAUCAUUAAGCCCAGUAAAGUUCUGCCUGUAACCGCAUACGAUAAGGACGGGGUGCGCGUGCUGCUCCACUUUGCUUCUGAGUGUCCGGCAGGCAGAACAGAUGUGCUGGUAGUGGUGCUGUCCAUGCUCAACACAGCACCUUUGCCCAUUCGCAACGUCAGUCUGCAGGCAGCAGUCCCCAAGUCCAUGAAGGUGAAGCUACAGCCUCCAUCCGGGACAGAUCUGGCACCAUUUAACCCCAUCCUGCCCCCACCCUCCAUCACCCAAAUCAUGCUGCUGGCCAAUCCCCUAAGGGAGAAGGUGCGACUGCGCUUCAAGCUGAUGUUUCUGCUCGGCGAGAGGCAGUACGCGGAAGUGGGCGAGGUGGACCAGUUUCCCCCGCCAAGCCAGUGGGACAAACUAUGACCCAUGACCUCUGAACCCUGACCUACGGCUCCGGACCCUCUGUGUCCAGUGACCGCCUCCGCAGGGGAACGCCGGGAGGUGCGGGGGAAGAGUGCUGUUUCCAGGUGUCGCGCAGCUUGCACUGUCACCCUUUUCAUUCCAGUGUGCUUCUCAUUGUGUUGCUGACCAAAGGAAAAAAAAUAGUGCAGGUCCACCAAGUGUAAGUAUCACAUCUUACAGCAUUGACGAGCAGAACAACGCUUCGUCCUGACUGCUGAACACAACCAACAUGUGUAAUGUGGGCUAACAUGGAAAACGGGACACAGUCCCAUAAUGUCCUGCAUUCAGAUAAGCACACAGAUGGACAGGACCAUCUCUUAAUCCAUGUGGAGGUGAGAUGACAUAGUAUAGCAUUUCAUAGCAUAUGUUCUGUUUAUUCCUUUUAUAUUUUGGUUAUAAAGUGGACAAGGCAAAGUUAUCAUGAUAGAGGUUCAGGCGAGACAUGAGUUAACCAAUCUGUUAUUUACAUACUGUAAUUGUUGUCUGUAUUAUAAACUGAAUCAGUGACAAGCACCUUUAAAGGUACACUACCUUUCCAGCAGCUGAGCUCACUGUAGGUGGGUUUAACUGCUCCUUAUGUAGAUGGCCAGAAACAUCAUAUGGGUCUACACUUUAAUGGGCUGAAAAUGAAUCCACAUAAAUGGUAUAUACUAGCUAUUUAAGGAUUCUUUCUCUUGUUAUUGUACCUUUAAAGAUGCUAUAGUAGGUACAGUUGUGGUGUCAAGGGGUCUGAAAGCCUGACAAUUUAAAUGGCCGGCACAUGUAGUCCUUCAAGCAUUUCACAGUGUGCCAUAAAUUUGCCAUAUGUAUUACUCCUAAGCCCCUCAUCCCCUGAUGCAUCUUACCAAAGAGUAAAUACCCUCAAAGGCUCCACAGGAAACAGGACAUUGGCAUCCAUACAGGCUUAUGAGGUUGCAAAUACACUAGUGGACUUCCAGUGUCAAGGUUACUAGUUUUACAUCUGCAGUAAUUGUUUAAGUUAUAGUUGAAGUGAUGUUUUAUACUUACGAACCUGGGAUGUGUACACCACCUUUGAUAAGGUAUUACUGCAGUAAGCACUGGAUAGUGCUAGGAAAGUGACACCAAGGAAGAGAGCUUCAUGACUAUUAUCUCCUCUGCAGCAGAACAGGAACUUCUGGGUGUUAACAUAACUUGCUUACUUGACACUAAAAUCCAUCUGAACUCCUGAUGCAGUGUGAUGGACCCUGGUGAUCGCUACAGAGCUACUGAUGUGACUUAGCCCAUUUUAAUACCACCAUGCCUUUUAGCAAAAGUACAUAUCAUAGUUUCUGUUUACUACAGUUACAUCUUUAGGGCAAACCACUAUUUCAGGAGCUUGCUUGAUGGGAAAAGAACUGAUAGGAAACACAUGCUUGUGUUCAUAUAAUGCCCCCAUAGCUAGGAGAGGUUAUUUUGAAGCCAGUUUGUGCAAUGGUGUUGGAGCCACUGAUGGGGUUUUAGUCAGAAGACACUAUUUUAUGUUAGCUUUCGUCUCUGACUUAGUGGUGGAUUAGUGAAAGAUAUUCAUUAUAGUGGAAUAUCACAGGAAACCUGGAGCCUGUGUUGGCUCAAACUGUGCUGUUGUAUUUACUCCACAGGUCCCAGAGGAACACUUUUCUACAUCAGUAGUGUAACCUGGUCCACAGCCUAAAAUAUACAAAACCAUUUUAUGUACAGGCUGUUAUUUAUUUAUUUAUUGAAAUAGUAGUUUAUUGUAUUAUUCAGUAUUUAUAUUAUGACAGUAUUGUGAUUGUAUUCUGUGUGCUGCAGUCAGUCGCUGUGGUAUUAGGGACAGAGUCCUUACUUGGCCAAACUUUCCCCAGGUUGACCUCCCAACAUCAGCAUGUGUUGACAUUUAUGGAUAAAUAGAUACUAAAUUAUAAAUUUAUGAGGCAUCAGGUCAGCCACAUGAAAAUAUAUGUAUCUCUAGGCAUAUUUUUCCCAGGGAAAGGACCAUAAAUGAAGAAAACAUUAACCUGUUAAUAAGACAUUAAGAUGGUCGACAAAAUAUUUAAAGAGAAUUUUUCAAAAGAAAAUGGGAGAAUCCAUUUUGUCUUAAACACCUUAAGCUGGCAGUGUUUAUUUAAAUUUAGCAGUUGCUGGAACAUAUGACCUUGCAAUCAGUACCACAGGUACAUACUAAACGGCGUAUGGGGAAAAAUCCAUCAUUUGAAUGUGUCAUUGAAUCAGAGGCUUAUAUCCAGCCUCUAUUCAUGCAUUCUUAUCUUGUGUGGUGACAGCCUUCAGUGGCUUAUCAGUUAAAGCAAGGAGGAAAUGUUUAUCGGUUUCACCCUGAUAUUGCAUUAAAUGAAGGUAUUAGUAAUAUACCAGGGAACUGUGCUGGCUUUGAACAGCUAGCCUUCAAGUAUGUGGUGUUGACAAUUACAUUAUGACAGGCAUACAACUCCAUAUAAACAUGUCUACUGUUAUGUGUGAUGUUGCUGAUGUUCAGAUGUUCAAUGUAAACAUUCUAUGUGCAAUUUCGUUUGCUUGCAUGAAGAAUUAAAGCAGUGCAUAAAAAAAAAAAAAACGCUAAU